AUGAAAUCGGUUGAAAUUUGGCACGUGAUCCCACGCCAUGAAACCGCCUACAGCCUGCUCAAAACAGACCCGCAGGCUAAUCUUGGAAAGGCGAACGGGCCUUUCCAGAACAAAAGCCUGAUUAAACGCCAAGCAUCUUGUGAGCUUUGCCAGAAAUCCAUCGCGUCAAAUGAUAUUUUUUGUGUUGCGGACAUCGCAGAUCACAAGAGAGAAAGAUCUCGAAUUAGUAUUGCAACAUCGGAUUUUAAUUACAACUCUGAUAAGAUUUGCAAAAAAGUUUGUUCCUGGCUGGGACUACUCAUUGCCCCUCAAAUCGGCUAACACGGAUAAUCGUCGGGUUGACCGAUAGAACGUCAUGAGUCAGAGAAGCUCCGGACUCCGCCUCUUUUUGCUAGUUGCAAUGCAGAUGCUUUUCAAAUCUCCUUGGGCGGAGAGGGAAGUAGCUGGGAUACUAUAAAAGGAGGUGUCAAGUCGAGAAAUCGUAGGCAUUCCUCUGGUUUUUCUUCCAACUUUGACUGUUUGAACUUCCUUCUGUAACAUCUCAUGCUGUCGUUUCAUUCCUCCGAAUACUUCCCUCACUGAAUCCUUUUUCAGAAAGUAUGUCGACUUCACAGAACGACGAGUACUGCUCUGACGAACAAGUUUUCCUGUAUGAUCAAGCCAAGAAAAGGAGAAGAACAGCCCUUGGAACUGUCGGACAGGUAAAACCUCUUAUUCUUUCAGACUUGCUCAUUUUAAAAUUUCAGGGACCUUUCAAUGCCUUCCCUUGCAAGAUCGCUCAUCAACAGACUUACGGCAGAAAAAUCAAAGGUAUUACAUUGCUCAAGAGAAGCUUUAUAAAUAAGAAUUCAGAUGAUUUUUAUUCUACGGUUCCCAUCGGUCGACACGGCUUGACCAUGCGUUGGCUUCUAAACAGCCUAGGGGACAGAAUCGACGAGAGCAAAUAUUUCAAGGUUGACCAUCUAACGAGAAACCUCAAAUCAAUCCCAAAAUUUUAGGCGGAGACAAGUCAACUGUCAACGGACGGUUUUGUGUCUCAAGUGUUUCGUGUAAAAUUUAAUCAGCCAUGUCCUCUUCAGGUAAAAAGUUGAAGAAAAUAAUUUUUCAAACUUUAUUUCUAGGUGAUUGUGAAAAUUCCGGAAACUGGGAAAAUCAAGAAAGCUUUGGAAAGAACGACCGGCCAAAAGAUACCGGACGGCGCAGACGAGAAAUUCAUAUGGGGACUCAAAAUGUUCUUUAACCGCGAAAUCGAUUUUUACAACAUGGAGACGAUUCCGAAUCUGCGAGUUCCAAAAAUCUACCAUCAACAAACUUGGGUAAAUAUCCAAUUUGGUGAAAAUUUUUCAAUAAAAAAUUCAGGUUCUCGGAAAACAAAGAGGAGCAAUUGUGAUGGAAGAUCUGAAGACAAUGAGCAGCGUUCCCUACUACGAAUCUCUGAACAUGAAACAGUUGGAAUCUGUUGGGUCUCAACUCCAAGCACUCCAUUUGUUCUCUCUAGACAUGAAGGACUCAUGGUAGACCUCAUUUCGAAAACCAGAGUAUGAAGUUUAUUUUUCAAGGAGUCAAAAGUUUCCUUACCCGAUGGAGCUCAUUGACACCGUCUCGUCAAUGACUGACAUCGUACAGCUCUACGUAUCCCGCAACUCAUGCCUGGUUCCUCUUUUCGAGAAACUUCGGCCGAUCUACGAAAAUCGACAAUUCUUCAUUCACUCUCUCAGAGACUCUCAUCGUGAUAUCGGUACUCGUUAUAAUCUGAGAAAAAAAGUAAUUUACUGAUUAUAGGCCUCGGAGACGUGCUGUGCCAUGGCGACCUUUGGUUUUACAACCUUAUGUGGAAGCCUUCCUCCAAUGGCAAAAAAGACCAAGUUUCAAAUGAACUGGGCGCUGUUAUCGAUUGGCAGAACAUCCAUACAGGUAUUAUUAAAAUUUUCGAAAUACAAAUGGUAUAAUUGUACGUUUUAGGAAGCAUCGGAGAAGACUUCGGCCAUUUGCUGGCUUUCUGCUGCAACGGACCCGUGAGACGACUGGCUGAACAAAAAUAUCUCCCGCUGUACUUUGAAAAACUGCAAAAUGCCGCUUCCAAUUCGCAAAAAUUGCUGAAAAUGACUUACAACCAGGUUUGAAGCAGCAAUUGAAACGUGUUUUCAACUCAUAUUUCAGUUUUUCCGAGCAUAUAAGCGAAGUUUCAUCGCACACGCUCUUCACCUUCCUUUCAUCGCUUGUGUCAUGCUGAGCGUCAAGCCUGCAGGAAGCGAAGCUGACCAAUUCACUCGUAAUAAGGUGAGCUGCUACUUUUUGUAACUGUAUUUGUUGAUCAUCUUUUAAUUUUUCGAGAAGUUCAAAAUUUUUUUUGAAGAUUCUGGCUGAACGAACGAAAGCCUGCUGGGAAGAUGCCAUCGUCCGGUUACAAGAAGAGUUCCCAGAAUAUGCCAUCUGA